CCCCCGCCCUCCUCCGUCGCCUGGCAACGGUGGCGCGACUUGAAGAACCUUUAUGAGAUCCAAAUGUCUGCUGGGUGGAUGAUGUACCUUUGGUAAUUAAGGCCAACAUGGGUUCAUGCUUCCUUCUCGUCCUGCUCAGCGGCUUCCUGACAUGCUUAGGAGCCAACAACAUAACCACAGUGCUGCCCUCAGCAGGUCCUCCCUCUUCCACGAGCACCCCGAAAACUUUCAAGAUGCAGCCGGCUACCCGGAAGCCCACGAGUCUCCCCAGCAGGAACGUGACUUCUCCAACAGUUCCUGCUCCCGUGGUGUCGGGCCAUACGACUCCUGUAGCCACAGAACUCCCACCGACCACGAACACCAGCACACCAGGAACGGAAGCUGCAACCACCAGGGUUCCUGUGCCCACUUCUGGGUCUCCCUCCCUUCCACCGAACGUCACCUCUUCAAGUUUAUACAGGAUUACUACGGGCACAGAUGGGGGGCCUGCGGAGGCCAAUGUCACAGAGACGCUAACGACUUCAAAAGCCUUCGACACCUCGGGUGGAAUAACAAAAGGCGCAGGUGAUUCUGAUGGAAGACGAGAUGAGACGCCGAUCAUAGCCGUAAUGGUGGCCUUAUCCUCCUUGCUAGUCAUCGUAUUUAUUAUUAUUGUCCUGUACAUGUUAAGAUUCAAGAAAUACAAGCAAGCCGGGAGCCAUUCCAACUCCUUUCACUUGUCCAACGGACGGACGGAUGACACAGAGCCCCAGAGCAUGCCCUUGCUGGCCAGGUCUCCGAGCACCAACCGGAAGUACCCGCCGCUGCCAGUUGACAAGCUGGAGGAGGAGAUCAACCGGCGAAUGGCGGACGACAACAAGCUCUUCCGCGAGGAGUUCAACGCUCUUCCGGCAUGCCCCAUCCAGGCCAGCUGUGAAGCUGCCUCAAAAGAGGAAAACAAGGAGAAGAACAGAUACGUGAACAUCUUGCCAUAUGACCAUUCCAGGGUUCACCUGACUCCUCUCGAAGGAGUUCCAGACUCCGAUUACAUCAAUGCCUCAUUUAUUAAUGGGUACCAAGAGAAGAACAAGUUCAUUGCCGCACAAGGACCAAAAGAAGAAACUGUGAAUGACUUCUGGAGAAUGAUUUGGGAGCAAAACACAGCGACAAUUGUCAUGGUGACCAACCUGAAAGAGAGGAAAGAGUGCAAAUGUGCUCAGUACUGGCCAGACCAGGGCUGCUGGACCUACGGAAACAUCCGAGUGUCUGUAGAAGACGUGACUGUCUUGGUGGACUACACGGUGCGAAAGUUCUGCAUCCAGCAGGUAGGCGACGUCACCAACAAGAAGCCCCAGCGCCUGGUGACGCAGUUCCACUUCACCAGCUGGCCUGACUUUGGGGUCCCCUUCACGCCAAUUGGGAUGCUGAAGUUUCUGAAGAAGGUGAAGACGUGCAACCCGCAGUACGCCGGGGCCAUCGUUGUCCACUGCAGUGCUGGCGUUGGACGGACAGGAACAUUCAUUGUCAUCGACGCCAUGCUGGACAUGAUGCUCACCGAGAGGAAGGUGGACGUUUACGGGUUCGUGAGCCGCAUCAGAGCGCAGCGCUGCCAGAUGGUGCAGACAGACAUGCAGUACGUCUUCAUCUACCAAGCCCUUCUAGAGCAUUACCUGUAUGGAGACACAGAGCUGGAGGUGACCUCGCUGGAGAUCCACCUCCAGAAAAUUUAUAACAAGAUCCCAGGGGCCAGCAGCAAUGGGUUGGAGGAAGAGUUUAAGAAGCUAACUUCCAUCAAAAUUCAGAACGACAAGAUGAGAACGGGCAACUUGCCAGCCAACAUGAAGAAAAACAGGGUGCUACAGAUAAUUCCAUAUGAGUUCAACAGAGUGAUCAUUCCAGUGAAGAGGGGCGAAGAAAACACAGAUUAUGUCAACGCUUCUUUUAUAGACGGCUAUCGCCAGAAGGACUCCUACAUCGCCAGCCAAGGCCCCCUCCAGCACACGAUAGAGGACUUCUGGCGGAUGAUCUGGGAGUGGAAGUCCUGCUCUAUUGUCAUGUUGACGGAGCUGGAAGAGCGGGGCCAGGAGAAAUGUGCCCAGUACUGGCCUUCUGACGGCACUGUGUCUUAUGGGGAUAUCACUGUGGAGCUGAAGAAGGAGGAGGAGUGUGAGAGCUACACGGUGCGAGACAUGCUGGUGGCAAACACCAGGGAAAACAAGAGCCGGCAGAUCCGACAGUUCCAUUUCCAUGGCUGGCCAGAGGUCGGCAUCCCCACCGACGGGAAAGGAAUGAUCAACAUCAUCGCGGCUGUGCAGAAGCAGCAGCAGCAGUCGGGAAACCAUCCCAUCACCGUCCACUGCAGUGCUGGGGCAGGACGAACAGGGACCUUCUGCGCACUGGGCACGGUCUUGGAAAGGGUCAAAGCGGAGGGGAUUCUGGACGUCUUUCAGACAGUGAAGAGCUUGAGGUUACAGAGGCCGCACAUGGUCCAAACACUGGAACAGUACGAAUUCUGCUACAAAGUGGUUCAGGAAUACAUCGACGCCUUUUCAGACUACGCCAACUUCAAGUGAAAGCAAGAAGAGUUGCCUUCUUUAAUACUUUGUAAUAUUCUGUUUGUUAAUAUCCCCCCUCCCCAAAAAAUGUGUAUAUAUCUUAACUGUUUUAGAGGGUUGGUACCAUAAGAUUCCUAUUAGCUGGAGAUUUUUAUAUGUAGCAAAAGUGUUAGAAAGAGAUUGUAGGCACUUUUUUCCCAAUGUUUUAUUGGGGAAUUAAAUAGCGUGAUAUUUGGAUUAAUAUUGUCAAACCUCUCUUCUGGAGAGUCAAUGCAGGCUGUUUUUGUUUGUUU